CCUCUCUGGACUGCGCCACCAAAAGGGCCAAAAUGAGUUUCUUUCUCUUUAAGAAGUUGCGCUGUCCAGCACAGCUGGGAUUUCUACACGGACAGAUAGCGCAAUGAAGAGCAGCGUCGACCCGUCAUCAUGUGCACCGGGCUUCCGAGGACUGCCUGUCCGCUGCGACUUUUUGCCCUCUGCAUCCUUCUUUCCUACGCAGCAGCAUAUUUCGGGCUUACAGGUCGCGAACCUUUGGUCUUUCUGCCUGGUCCAUUUUCCAACGAGCCCCCGAACGGAAAAUCGCACCUGAAGCAAUGCGAGCAGAUGACCUUGACGCGUCGGCAGAAGCGCCUGUGUCGGCGAGAACCGGGGCUGGCGGAGACUCUGAGGGAAUCUGUCCGCCUCAGCCUCCUGGAGUGCCGCUAUCAGUUCCGCAACGAGCGCUGGAAUUGUAGUAUGGAUGGCCGUGGAAGCCUUUUGAAACGAGGGUUUAAAGAGACGGCAUUUCUGCUCGCCGUGUCUUCAGCAGCGCUGUCUCACGCGCUGGCUAAAGCGUGCAGCUCAGGUCGGAUGGAGCGCUGCACCUGUGAUGACUCUCCGGGUCUGGAGCACCGCGAGGCCUGGCAGUGGGGUGUAUGCGGAGACAAUCUGAAAUACAGCACUAGGUUUCUCAAGAAGUUCCUGGGCCAAAAACGGGUCAGCAAGGACCUGCGCGCUCAGAUCGACGCUCACAACAUUAACGUCGGCAUCCGGGCAGUAAAGAGUGGACUCAAAACAACCUGUAAGUGUCACGGUGUCUCCGGUUCGUGUGCCGUGAGGACGUGCUGGAAGCAGCUCUCUCCGUUUCAUGACACAGGCCACCUGCUAAAGUACCGCUACGACACAGCCGUCCGUGUGCACAGCAUCACCAAUGCCGCCACGGGUGAGACUGAGCUGGCAGGGCCACGGCGUCACAGCAACACGGGCCCUCGCCCGCGACCCACAGAGCUGGUGUUUCUGGAGGAGUCGCCCAGCUUCUGCAGGCCAUCGCGCUAUUCACCCGGCACGGCCGGCAGACCCUGUUCCAAGGACACCAGCUGCAGCAGCCUGUGCUGUGGGCGGGGCUACAACACAGCCCUGCGCCUCACCACCCUCUCCUGCCACUGCCAGGUCCGAUGGUGCUGCCAUGUAGAGUGUGAAACUUGUGUCAGAGAAGAAGAGGUCUACACGUGCAAGAAACACUGAGAGAUUGAGGCGAAAACGUGGAAGGGAGAGUCGCUGAAGAAUGCAUUACAUGUAAAUGUCAACAAGAAAAGCAAAAUGGUAAGAUGAACAUAAGAUCAAGAGGAAAGGUUUGGAUGAUGUCAUCCAGGUAAUGCCGAAAGGGAAUGGUAGGAAAACCUGGACACAGGGCUCUGAGCAAUUGUGAUAUGGUUGAAUAAAGUAAAAGCUGCUCUUCUGCUAUCAAGGAGACAAAGCUGCUUCCUUGUCACCAAACUGAGAGACUCAUGUUGUAAGAAGAGGUUUGAAUUUAGCUAAAGUACCCUUGAAUGUUGCUGAAUGUGAUGCUCAGUCAAAUAACGGACCAGUCGCCUUUGAACUGUUCAUCAUGAACGCAUACUUUAUGGAAAUGGACUAGAGAUCUGCAUUGAUCAGUAAUACUCAAACUAGUACUAUGGGAGUCUGCCCACUUAGUUGACUCCAAGUCAAACAGUUUUCUUCUACCUGCCUUUACUGCAUAUCUCUCUAUUGCUCUGAGAGUCCACAUACGUACUGUAUAGGGGUUCAAAAUUAUACUGAGAGUAUGAAGCACUUAUGCUUUUUUGUCAAUUUUAUGAUAGCCACUUAUUCGUAAGGAAGAAAGUACUUGUGUUUGUUAUAAUAUACAAAGUUAUUGUGCUUAACAUUUAAUAUUAAAUGAACUGGGGUAGGAGUGUUCUUGAUGAACUGGAAUUUUACUGGGACAAUCCACUUUUAUAGACUAUAAUGAAUGUUAGAACAAGUUAUAUAAUCAACCACGGUAUGCUUUUAUAUCUUGAAUGGCCAUUAAAUGGCUGAAACUAGUCAUAGAUAUAGGAAUGUAUUUUUUGCAAUUACACAAAACCGAUAAACUGUUGCACCCGACACAAUCCCAGACUGCAUUCUUUAAAUUAUAUUUUAAUUUUUUUAGUUUAUUCUGCCACAUCACUGCAAAAUACACUGUCAGAAUAAAUGGUCCAACGCAAUCACUGGGGCAGGAUCCUUUAUAAACAGCCCAAUACCUGUAUGUUGAGGUGGUCCUUAUAAUGGGUCAAUUUGUUUCUUGAAAUGUUCAACUCUCACCCCCCAAAUGUGU